AUGACCCUUCUUGGCCGAGCAAGAAUCUUCAGCUCUUCAGACGGGAGCGGAGACACAGGUCAACUGGAAUCAUGUAAUUCGCAAUGUGGUGAACAGCUCCAGAAUUGCUCCUGUCAUUCAAGUUGUUUGAACCUUCAAAGCUGCUGCAUAGAUUAUCAGAAAAUGUGCCUUAAAAUUUCACCCUACUCAGGGACAUUAAUGGGAGGGAAAGACUUCAAAAUUCUACACAUGACUUACACUCCUGGUUCAAAUGUGACAUGUUGGUUCAACAAUGAAACAGAUACUCAGGGUUAUGUGGAUCAGUCUGGACGUGCUCACUGCAUUUCUCCACUGCUGUUUCAGACUGGCCAGAUCAAAUUUUCUUUGUUGUUUGAUGGAGGGAACAACUUUACACCAUCUGGAACAUGGCUAGCUGUUCAUCACAGCAAAGCAUCAGAAUUGGAAAAGAGUGUGUUGGUUGAUUCAAAAAAAUGGCAAUAUUAUGGAACACCUGGAUAUAAUCGGACACUCACCAUGACCUGGAAUAUUAGCACUCUUACCACUCAACAUGUCCACAUAGAAGUCUGGGGCUAUAAUGAGACAGGGGAACCAUACACUGAAUCAUGGCAAGCGGAUUGGACCUACCUCUACACACUUCAUCCAAACCAUCCGAAUAAUGGAAACUUUACAUUUACACCAGGUCCUGCAGAAUCACCAUUUGAUACGUGGGAUGUAGGAGUGUUAAGGAUCACACCAAGUGACAAAAAAUCAGGAGAGAGGAAUGUGCACGCGAUAUGGAGUCCUGUCCAUGCUUUAGCCUGGCACUUAUCAGAGCAUUUCAAGGCUGAUCCUGCUGCCUGGGCAACAGAUAAGUGUCUGAGGUGGAGAGAUGAUGAGAAGAACAAACUGCCUGACUUCUUGUCUGAAACCGCAGACUGUCCUUGCACUUUGCAACAAUCCAGAGCUGAUAUUGGUAGAUACCAUACAGAUUAUGGAUGCAACAUUGAUAAGGGCAGUGUGUGCACCUACCACCCGGGUGCUGUGCAUUGUGUGAGGAGCAUACAAGCAAGCCCUAGGUAUGCAGCAGGGCAGCAGUGCUGUUAUGAUGCUUCUGGUGUACAGGUUCUUACAAAUGAUUCAAUAGGGGGCAGCACCCCUGAUCGGGGACAUGACUGGGGUUCCCCACCAUACAGAAAGCCUCCCAGAAUACCAGGCUUCUCUCACUGGCUCUAUGAUGUGAUCACAUUCUACUACUGUUGUCUCUGGUCAGAUAACUGCCAGUACUACAUGGAACUUAGACCCUCCAGUGACUGCCGCACUUAUAAACCAUCAAAAGUUGCUUCAGCAUUUGGUGAGCCUCAUAUUAUAAGUUUUGAUGGUCUGUCUUACACAUACAAAGGUAAAGGAGAAUAUGACAUGGUCGUUUCUACAAAACCGAAUCUAAGGAUUCAGUGUCGGACGUCACCAUAUCAUGGUACUAAAGUCAAAGUAGGCAAUUUCGGUUCAGUACCGAUCCAGACUGUUACCAUUUUGCAAGAUGAUAAUAUCCGAUCUCGACGGUCACUCCCUAAAAAACUGAAUAUAGCAGCCAUUUCUUCAGUGGCUAUGCAAGAAGAGGACUCUGAUAUAAUUGAAGUGCGCAUGCAUGAUAUAACCAUAAAUACUCUGGAAGUUUUUGUAAAUAAACAGAUUAUUAGCUUUGAAGAGCAAAGUUGGAUGGACAUGAAAGGGGUUUUCUUAUUCUCACCCUCUCCCGCCAAUGUCACUGUGAUGUUCCCCUCAGGAGCAGGGGUGGAAGUUAGAGAAAUAGGAGGAUUUCUAAGUCUGUCAGUUUUUCUUCCUGAGAUAUUUAAAGACAAAACCCAAGGACUUCUGGGUGUCAUGAAUGAUAAUCCUGCAGAUGACUUCACUCUAAGAAAUGGAACUGUCCUUCCUACUGCCUCAAGUCCGGAGGAAAUUUACCAGUUCGGUGCAGAUUGGUCAGUAACAAAUCAGACUUCACUCUUCCUGUAUGACACUCAAGAUCUUCUUGAAGAAUAUGCUUUGAAGCAUGAUCCUGAUUUCAUACCCACAUUUUACAUCGAAGAGGACAAAAAUGACACACUGUUUCAGGAGGUAGAAAAUAUGUGUGGUAAUGAUACAUUGUGCAGAUUUGAUGCCUUUACCACAAGAAGUCUGGAGAUUGGCAAUGCCACCAAGGUCUCACAUCAAAAUCACAUCAUGUUGGUGGAGAACCUUAAACCAGUGGUCUCGUGUGGCUGGCUUGGGCCACCAGCAAAUGGUGCUAAGAAUGGAACAACCUACCUAGUUGGCUCAACCAUCACUUUCAGUUGUAACAGUGGUUUUAUACUUGAUGGAUCCCAACAGCGAACAUGCCAAUCUGAUGGAAUGUGGUCUGGGGCACCAGCACAGUGUUCUUUAGGAACGGACAAUUCCUGUUCUAUGCAGUGUGGACAACGUCUGGGUCAAUGCUCCUGCCAUGUAACCUGUGAGAAUCUUGGCAACUGCUGUACAGACUACCGCACGUAUUGUGUGCGUAUUGCACCAGAGUCUGGCCUUUUGAUGGGAGGCAUAGACUUUGUCAUUCUGGGUGUGGCCUUUAACAAAAAUGCUGUAGUGAAAUGCAGGUUUGACAAAGAAAUCACUGUUAAUGGUUAUGUGGAUGAAGAGGGAAAAGCCCAUUGUGUGUCACCUCUACUGUAUGAAACUGGACGUAUUCCAUUUGAAAUGUCCGUGGAUGGAGGGGAAACAUAUCCUCACUCUGGCACUUGGCUAUCAGUGCAUCCUGGAAAAGUGUCCGAGUCAGAAAAAUGCACUCUGGAGGAUGAAAAAAAAUGGCAGUACUAUGGCACACCCAAUUUUGAUGGCACCUUGACCGUUAGAUGGGAUUCAAAGACGUUUAAGGAGAACACAAUUAACAUUGAAGUGUGGGGUUACGGGGAAUCAGGACAACCUUAUUCAGAGACCUGGAAAGCAACCUGGGACUAUCUCUAUACAUUGGUACAUAAAUAUGCCAACAAUGGGAGCUACACUUUUACCCCGAAUCCAGCAAUGCCAGAACAUCGCACCUAUGAAUUUGGAAGCCUAAGGAUUUUGCCAAGUCAACAUGCUGAUGGGGAGAAGGAUGUCCAUUCAUUAUGGAGUGUGGAUCAUGCCAUGGCUUGGCACCUGGGUGAAGACUUUCGCAAGGACCCUGCUAGCUGGGCAUUUGACAAAUGUAAUAAAUGGCAUGAAAGUGACAAGCUUCUUCCUGAUUUUCUCUCUGAAAUCAUUGAUUGUCCCUGCACUAUGGAACAGGCCAGAGCUGACACUGGGAGAUUUCAUCCAGAUUACGGAUGUAACAUAGACACGGGAAGCACAUGUACUUACCAUCCUGGAGCUGUGCAUUGUGUCCGAGGCAUCUAUGGCAGUCCCACCUAUGCAGCAGGCCAGCAGUGCUGUUAUGAUAAAGAUGGUUUCCAAGUCCUUACCAGUGAUUCUAUAGGGGGAAGUACCCCUGACCGAGGUCAUGACUGGGGCUCUCCGCCAUACAAGAAGCCCCCCAGAGUACCAGGCUUCUCUCACUGGCUCUAUGAUGUCAUCUCCUUCUAUUACUGUUGCCUGUGGUCGGAUAAUUGUGACUACUACAUGAAACUCAGGCCUUCAAGUGACUGUCGCAAGUAUAAACCUCCAAAAGUUGCUUCUUCAUUUGGGGAUCCACAUUUUAUCACCUUCGAUGGGUCUAAUUUCACUUUCAAGGGUAGAGGUGAAUACACGUUGGUCAGUUCCACAUACCAUUCACUGAUGAUUCAAGGCCGUACUCAGGCUGCUAAGUUUGAAAACGGUUCUUUUACUACGGUUACUGGCUUUUCUUCUGUGGCUAUGCAAGAGGGAAAUUCAGAUGUGAUAGAGGUACGUCUAGCAGCAGACUCCAAAAGUCUGGAAGUUCUCCUAAAUCAGGAAGUCCUUCAUCUUGAUCGGACCUGGAUGGACCUAAAGGGGGUAUUUUUAUUUGCUGCCUCUAACCAAAGCAUAACAGCAAUGUUCUCCUCGGGGGCUGGAAUUGAAGUGAGAGGACAAGGAGGAUUCAUAAGCAUCAACAAUCUUCUACCUUAUGAGUUCAUGAAUCAAACACAAGGACUUAUGGGAAAAAUGAACAACGAUGCCACAGAUGAUUUUACGUUCAGAAAUGGAACUAGUUUGUCAACUAAUGCCAAACCUGAGGAGUUUUUCCAACUUGGUGCCAACUGGCAAGUGACCAGUGACAGCUCCCUCUUCACCUAUGAUUCAAAGUACCUAUUAGAUAACUAUAAAGUUAAACAUGACCCAGAUUUCUUGCCCACAUUUUCAUUCAAGGAAGAUCCCAAUGACCAAUUUACAAAAGAUGUAGAUAAACUGUGUGGAAAUGAUUAUUUUUGUAGAUUUGAUGCACUCACCACUAGAUCCCUCUGGGUUGGAAACGCAACUAAAUUAACGCAUGGAAAUUACAAAAAGUUGAUCCAGGUUCUGCAACCAGUGGUGUCAUGUGGCUGGCUAGAACCCCCAAAGAAUGGCAAGAAGGAGGGAACCAGCUACUUGGUUGACUCUAAUGUCAAAAUCACCUGUAACAAAGGAUACAUAUUAAAAGGCUCUUCUUCACGCAAGUGUCAGCAAGACGGCAAAUGGAGUGGGGAGACAAGUCACUGUGUAUAUAAUAAUACCCUGGGAAUAGUCCUAGGAAGUGUGUUUGGAUUUUUUACUCUCCUGGUCCUCUCAAUAUUGAUUGCCCUACAUGAAAAGAAGCACAGUAGGAAAAAAGAGAUAUCCGUUCCUACUGUGACUUACCAGAAAUCUAUAGGAUUAUAGAAAGACCCAAUAAAUAUGCAUACGCAAGCAAUGAAGGAAGACAUGAAGAAUUUCAAAGGUUCCACAUUUCACAGUGUCCAAUGAUAUCAGAACCAAUAUUUCCUUUC